AUGUCGAACAGGAGGAACACAGUCCUGCUCUCAGUGCUGAUGGCUCUGUCGGUCUCGGCCUUCGUGGAGGAGCUCGAUGACACCUUCAUGGAGACGAGAGGAGACGACAUCUGGCUCAUCAAAUUUUACGCCCCCUGGUGUUCGUUCUGUAAACAGCUGGAUCCGGUUUGGCACCAGAUUGGAUCAGAACUCCGGAGUCUCGGCUCUCCGGUCAACGUUGGUAAAUCAGACGCCACGGCGAGCACCGGUUUGGCCAAAGAGUUCAAGGUCAGAGGUUAUCCAGCCAUCCUCAUGUUGAAGAAAGGUGUGAAAUAUAACUAUUCAGGACCAAGAACCAGAGAUGGAAUCCUGGACUUUGCUCAUCGAGUUGGAGGGCCGUUGGUUCGAUCCCUGAGCAGUCUGCAGCUCUUUCAACACGCCAUGAACCGCCACGAUGUCAUGUUUGUUUAUGUUGGAGCCACAUCACAGCUGAAGGAAAACUACACGUCAGCAGCAGAGGAGCUCAUCGUUCACACCUACUUCUUCUCUUCAACCAGAGACGUCCUGCCCAAGGUGGUCUCCCUCACGUCUCUGCCGGCUGUGGUGGUUUUUAAGGAUGGAACCUACUUCACUUUUGACGAGAAACAUGACGGUGAUCUGAAGUCAUGGAUCAACAGAGAACGUUUCCCAAACUACCUGAGGAUUGACAGCUACACUCUGUACGCCAUGGGAGAGUCAGGUAAACUGGUGGUGUUGGCGUUGGUGGAGGAGAAGAGUCUGUCGGAGGAGAGCGUGAGGUAUAAGAGUCUGGUGGAGAAAGUGUCUGCCGACUACAGAGACAUCUACAGCAGAAACGUUUACUUUGGUUUCAUGGAGGGAAGUGACUACAUCAAUGGACUCGUGAUGGGUGAGGUGGUGGUUCCGUCCUUCAUCGUGGUGAAUCUGUCCAGCGACGGCUACUUCCUGCCUCCGGGCGCUGUAGAGACGGAGCACCACCUGCUUGACUUCCUGAACGGGGUUCUGGAUGGCAGCGUCCAGUUUCAGGGAGGAAACGGCGUCGACCAGCGCGCCAGACGUUUCAUCUACGACAUCAAAGUCACGCUGACUCCGGUCUUCAGCCAGGCUCCGCUGCUCGGCUGCUUCCUGGUCGUCUUCCCUAUCGCCAUCAUUGUGGUCUUCUUCUACCUCUGCUGUAAGAACCGACCCACCGGGACCGAGGACGGCGAGGACGGCGGCGGGCUGUUGGCUCCGUCACUGCAGCGUCCCACAAAACGGACCGACAAAAAGUCUGACUGAUGAGGGGGAUCAGGAGGAGGACCUUCACCCAAAAGAGAUCCUGACUGAGACCCAGAAGACUUCACCGUCCUCUCAUCUGUCUUUGACCUGAAAUCAAAUAAAAUACUUG